AACGGCCUCUCCUCGGAAGAUGGACGCGCGCGUGGGCGGACCCGCGCCUGAGGGCCGCCAUGGUUGUGUCCGUCCUUGUGGCGAGCGAGCCAAGGACAGGGGAGGGGCGGAGAUGCACCCGUCGUCCUGGUGGCUGUUCGGGACGAGCACCUUGGGCGACGGCCGCGGCCGGCGGGAGGAGCUCGGCAUGCCGCAGGAAGAAGAGAUGGUGGUCGCCUGUCCGGAACUGUUGUUGCCGGCGCCGGCGACGUCCCCGAGCUGUUGCUGCCAUCCACGACUCGGCCAUGCUGCUGCCGACGACCUCCCCAACCUGCAGCUGCCCUCUGAGGCUGCUGUUGGGGACAAGAAGCUUGGGCGUUGGCUGCGGCCGGCGGGAGGAGCUCGCCACGCCGCAUGAAGAAGAGAUGGUGGUCGCCUGUCCGGAACUGUUGCUGCCGGCACCGGCGACGUCCCCCGACCUAUUGCUGCCUUCCACGACUCCUUCAUGCUGCUGCCGACGAC